UAUCGAAUCCUCCAAAGUAUCCAUGUUUUGCCUGCAAUCUAUUGUUGUUACAAUUUUUUUUUUGAAUAAAUAAUGUUGUAGCUAAAGAUAGGGAAAGAUUGUUCGUUGUUGAAACUUUUAAAAUGGCUCUUCUACACAUAGGGGAUGAUCCUUGGUUACUGGAACAUGAAACUUGUGAAAAAUUAUAUCGGGACAUUAUGGAACAACUCACUCUACGCCAAAGACAAUCUAGAACCAGUGAUAAAUUCUCACAGUUAUCAGCAACUAUCAGAUUACGGUUGAAGCAAUAUAAUAAUGAGGUUGAACAAUUACUUCAAAAAAUUGGUUUUGGUGUUAACCUAACUUCAGCUGAAUUAGAGAGGAGGAAUCGGCAAGUUGAAACUUUACGUUCAAAAGGACUGCAUAUGCAGAAAUUAUUUGAUGAUCAGUUGACUGUCAAGAAUAAUGAAGAAAGACGAACGUUAUUUGGUGCUUCAUCUUCAAAUUUCAGUGAUGAUGAUUUCAGAAGAGACAAUGUGUCAGAUAUAAGAAGUACCCAACGUCAAAUGAUAGGUGAGCAGGACGAAGGUUUAGAUAAUUUAUAUCAGAUUAUAUCCAGACAAAAAAAUAUUGCACAAACUAUAUCAAAUGAAGUGGAUCUGCAUAACGAUAUUCUCGAUGACUUGGAUACUAGAAUGGAAAGAACAAAUACCAGAGUUAGAAAUGAAACUCAACACAUUGGUGUUAUAGAUAGAAAAGAUAACACUUGUGGAUACUGGAUUGUUAUUUUAUUACUAUUUUUAUGUAUAGUUUUAGUUUCUCUAAGUUAAUAGAGUCUACUAACUUGAUGGAUGUUAUAUAUUUAACCUCAAAUUUUAUCAAUUUUUGAAUACUAUAUACAAUACAACUAUGCAUUAUGAAAAGUUGUCAGCCAGGAAACAUUGAACAAUAUAAUUUUACUUUGAGCCAGGUUGGUAAGUUAAAAAAAAAUCGAGACAAUAUUAACUGCUUUUUUCUGGGGAUCCCCAGUUAGUUCAUGAAGACGUAUGAGUUAAUCAAUAAUCAAUACUAGACGAUUUUUCCCAAUUGGUAGCAUAUAAUGUAACUACUUUUCUACUUAUUAAUUUUCUGAGUAAUAAAUUAUCAAAUUACAGUAACCUUUUCUCUGUGAUAAAAAAUGUUAUCAGAUCAUCUUGAUGAUUUGCAACACUUAACUUCUUAUAAUAUAUCAUAUAAAGGAUCUAUUUCAGACUGCAACUCUUUUUGAAAGUAAUGAAGAAUGAAUCAGUGAAGAAAUAUACCCUACAAAUUUUAACAAUUGAAUAAUUUGCAUUAUAAUUUUUCCUGAAAAUGUCUGAGGUUAAACGUGUGUUCUUCAGUUGGCAUUUUUAUUUUCAUGACAUACUUCAUUGCUUUUAAAUGAUUAUGCGAUAAUUUUUUAUUGUCCUUUUAUUGGCUUUAUUCCCCCCAAUCAUUUUUUAUUAUCAAACAUAUGUUAAUGAUAUUUGAAAUUUAUUAUAUAUUGCUGAAUUAUUUUUUUCUAAGUCACUAUUAUUAUGACUUUAUAUCCUUUUUUCAAACCAAUAUCUGUAUAAUAAUAACAUAUUUCCAGAUAUACAUAUAAGUACUGUGAUGUAAAGAUUAUAAAUGUUAAAAAUAAAAGAUAUUGAAAUUUU